CAUAAGUGCUGAUUGUUGUAACUGCUUCUAGCUAUCAACUGCCGGAUGCGGGUGCGUGAAGGAGGGGCCGCUUGGUGCCAGGGCCCCGGACCCACUUCGGUGUAAUCCUGCUACAGACACUGGGAUCCUAGUGCCCCUGUGAUGGGCUCGGAAAGUAGAGGAGGGGGAGGCAGGCUCCUUAUCAUCUGCGCCCUGGUCAGAUGUCAGUGAUGGAGCCGGAACCGGAAUUCCUUCAACCACUGGAGAACCACACCGUGACACAGGGUCGCGACGUAUUCUUUACGUGCGUUGUGAACCACCUGGGUCCCUACAAGGUGGCGUGGAUCAAGUCCGAUUCUAAGGCCAUCCUCGCCAUCCAGACGCACAUGGUGGCUCACAACCCGCGGCUCUCUGUGACUCACAACGGCCAUAACACUUGGAAACUGCACGUCUCCAAUGUCCAGAUAAACGACUGUGGCACAUACAUGUGUCAGAUCAACACGGACCCAAUGAGAAGCCAGAUGGGUAACCUAGACGUGAAAGUCCCACCAGAUAUCCUGAAUGACGAAUCCCCUGACGGCGGAGUGGCACCCGAGAACAGCUCCGUGCGGUUGAGGUGCAAGGCUACAGGGAUUCCAGAGCCUACUGUAAUGUGGAGAAGGGAAGACAGCAGAAACAUCAUUCUGCGGCAUGACGUCCAACCGUCGGUUAAGGUCUCUAAUCAACUGGUAGCGGCACCAGCCGGCAGCAAUGUGGAUAUCGGAUGUGACGUGGAGGCCUCUCCCAAAGCAAUGAAUAGUUGGUUUAGAGAGACAGGCGAGAAAUUGAUGGAGAGCGGUAAAUAUGAGAUAAAAGAAGUGCCGAUCAACGAUUAUUCGUUGCAUAUGAACCUCAAGAUCCUCAACGUGCAGAAACACGAUUUUGGGACUUACGUGUGUGCCUCUGUGAAUGCACUGGGUAAAGUGGAGGGAAGCGUGAGGUUACAAGAACUGCACCUGGCGCCAAAGACAACAACUGUUCCAGUGUCUGCACGACACGACAAUAAACCGCGCAAGAAAACUGCGCCCCAUUCGAAGGACAGCAAGCGCAAACGGAAACGUCCUAAAGGAGACCGUCGGGAAGAAGAAGAUGCGAGCGGGGAGGAUGAUGAAGAUUCAGAACCCGUAACGACUGGCCCGUGGCCCGAACCUCGAACUGUACAGACAAUAAUUCCGAGCGCUGGUCGGCCUCCGUCUUCGAACCCUCAUCGCAACGGCGCUGACAACGUGUCUUCGGGCAGCCCAUCCUACGGCUGUGGCAUCAGCAGUGUUCGUCUUCCAUUGUGGGCUACCGCGGUAAUCGUCGUCCAAGUCGCCCUUAAACAUCUGCUAAACUAUUAUCAUGUAACUAUUUUUUAAAGCUAAAGUUUGAAAAAUGAUUGGCCAGAUAUGAAUCCGUCGUCCAGUGGGCAGCUGAGUCUUAAGUUACUCGCAGCUGAUGAAAAGAUUUGCACAGAUGUAUCUGAAAGCAAGACCGUUGGUUGUUCUAGAUCCAUGCGUAGUGAGCAAACACUGAGAAAUGUACAUUGCAUGACAAUUGAUUGCUAUGUACACGGUGGUAUCAGGAA